AUGUCAAUGGCUGCACCGAGGAAUAUAGUGGUGGACACAAGUCGGUUGGUUACAAGGGAUGAAGAAGAGAAGAAGAGUAUGGAUAUGUCGUGUGCAGCUGAAUUGGAUUCGCCAACAGCUAAGAGGUUUAAGGAAGGGAGGUUUCCAUUGUCAAGUUGGGAAUUUGCAGCAGCUUUUGGGGUUAUUUUGGUGUUCUCAACAGGAUUGUUUUGCUUAUACUUGUCAAUGCCACCUACUGAGUAUGGUAAAUUGAAGCUGCCUCGUACCAUCUCCGAUCUCCGGAUUCUCAAGGAUAAUCUCGGAAUGUAUGCCGAAGUCUACCCCACAAAAUUUAUUCUUGGCUACUGCUCAACAUACAUAUUCAUGCAGACAUUUAUGAUUCCUGGGACAAUUUUCAUGUCCUUACUUGCUGGAGCACUUUUUGGUGUUUUCAGAGGGCUUCUCCUGGUUGUCUUUAAUGCAACAGCUGGUGCAUCAUCCUGCUAUUUUCUGUCUAAAUUGAUCGGCAGGCCUAUAGUUAACUGGAUGUGGCCUGAAAAGUUGAGAUUUUUCCAGGCAGAGAUAGCCAAACGUCGGGAUAAGUUGCUCAACUACAUGCUGUUUUUGAGAAUAACUCCAACAUUGCCAAAUCUUUUCAUCAAUUUGGCAUCUCCUAUUGUGGAUAUACCAUUCCAUAUUUUCUUUUUGGCCACCGUGAUUGGUCUCAUCCCAGCUGCUUAUAUUACAGUGAAGGCUGGCCUAACCCUUGGGGAACUGAAGUCCGUCAAAGAUCUAUAUGAUUUCAAGACCUUGUCUGUGCUUUUCCUCAUUGGUGCUCUCAUAAUUUUGCCAACUAUCUUGAAGAGGAAGCGGAUAUAUGAAUAGAGAUUUCUUGAAGGACCAACAGACUGUACCCUUGUAAAGGGACUUGAAGAUUUCUUUAUUAUGACUUCACCACAAACUGGAGUGGCAGCCGGCAGGACUCAGGUAACAGCCUUUCAUUUUCCAGUACCUGAAUCACAUCGGAGAAGGCAUUUUCAAGUGACAGACAGAUUUGCCUGCGGCAAUCACAAGUGCUGAUAAGUGUUCCAUACUGCUGUUCUUUGCCCUUUUCUUAUAUUAACUGGAUUACUCCCUGUAAUCGGUUGAAACCAAAGGUGAUAGGCUAUAGUAUUUAAUGUA